AGUUUUUGCAGUCACAAAAUCAUCAUGAGUGGACCCGGUUCAAAUCAUGUUCCUGGAGGAGCAGUAUUUCGGCUGGGCCCCUCUCUGGUCUAGUGCCCUGGGCCCGUGCAUUAAUCCCUGUUACAUUGUGGUCUAUGGAGUGGCCUGAAGUGGACAUAUGAAGCAGACUCACUCCCUCUGUCAAAAUCAAGGGGUCAAGGGUCUGUCCAUAUAAACUUAUCCUGUCCACUUCGUGAAGAGAAACGCACUUCAAAAUGGCAGUGGGGAUUCCCCCGAGGGGAAGUGCUUAGGGAAGUGCUCGAGUGCGUGUCUAAAAGUGGAGUGGAACACAGCCCAGAUGACCUGAGGGCCAGAAUCCUCUCUUCAAUCACACAUGAACUGACUGGAUCCGGGUCAAACGCUACUAAACCAUCACACACUCAAUGAGAGGAAGAUAUUACAAACAGCCUGCACAACACUCACAUAUAGACCAGAUUCUGGUUUACUCUCAAUAAAACUGUCAAGAGCAUUUUAUCAAUAAAUUACAGAUACAGUUUUAUUUGGUUUGCAGGAGAAUGUCAAGUAAUUUACAUGAAUCAACUCCAUCCCACGUGUUCCUUCUAAAACAAGAAUUAUUUUUUUUUGCAUGAAAAUUUUUCUCUUUUUUUUUUUCUCUUAUGAGUUUCAGUCUCUUGUUUUAGAUGUAACGUCAUCUGCCUUCCCCCAUCAGAGGAAACUUGCUCUUCCUCUCAGUGAAGUGGUCAGAGAUUUCCUCAUGUGUCAGUCUAGUCUGAGUCUCGCUGUGAAGACGCUUCUUGAGAUCCAGAACAGAGACAGACAGGAGUCCAGAUGCUCGUGUCAUGAUCUGAAGCUGGGACUGGGCUCUUCUGGAUACUGGACUUUAGAGAAAUGAUGCUGAUCUUUGGACUGAUGCUGCUGCUGCAGACUGCUGCAUGUCUGGAUCAGUUCUGCAGGUUUAAUCAGUCUGAUAUCUGUUACGCAGCUGUGGGACACAAACUCAAUCUCCUGAUGGUGCAGAACACUAGUGUAUAUGACACAACGAUACAAAAGAAUAUAAACUACAACACAGCAACUGAUCCAGUUUGUAGAAUAAAGAAUGACACGAUGAGAGUUUGUAAUCUUUAUAGUAACAGACCUGAAGUUACAGUCAUUAAAGGGACUCUGAUCAUAAACCGUGUGAUCAGAGCAGAUUCAGGGAAUUACACAGUAUCUUUCUCUCGCUCAGACGGCACAUUCUGCACAUCUACAGACCUUCAAGUGAAUGUUGAAGCUCCUAUUGGCUCAGUGGAAGUGUCCAUCAGCUGCUCCUCCAGUGGGGUGAUGAGGGCGUCCUGCUCCUCUGAGGGCGAUCAGCUCCUCUACAGCUGGACUCUGAAUGGAGAUCCUCUGAUGGAUGGAAACUCCAGCUUUGAUCUGAAUGAGGGAACUGAUGGAAACAUCACCUGCAGUGUGAAGAACCACGUCAGUCACGGACAGAAGACCGUUAGACUCAAACCCUGUCCUGUGUUUUCAGUGACUGUGUUUGUGCUGGUCUGGUGUCUUCAGCUGAUGGUUCUUUUGGGUUUGUUAGGAGGGUUUCACAUUCACAUGAGACACACAUCAGAAAAGAGUCAGGAAGAUCAGAAACUGAGAAUGAGAAGAUUUCGAGAACGACAUGAAGAUUCAUGAGACCAGCAGCAGAUCAUCACAUCUAUGAAAAAAGACAUAAUGUCAUAUUGUCACAGAUUCUCACAUGAAUCCAGUUUUCACGACAGGAGAUACUACAGAAAAAGCCAGGUUUCUACAGGUUUAGUUUUUCUGUGAUUAGAUUUUUUCAAAACAAAAUUUUAAAUAAUUUUUUUAAUUAUAAUUUAUUUUUUAUUUUUUAUUCUUGGUAACAUUUUUUUUGCUUAUUUAUUAAUUUGUCUUUAUGCUCUGAAUGAACUAGCAGUAUUUUAUACCAUUACUAAAAACCUCUUCUGUUCAUGCAUGAUAUUUCUUUCUCUAAAUCAGAUCUGGCAGAUUGUGAAGUAAUUCUCUGUGUUUAUUUUCUAUCUGCUAGAAAUGGGUUUAUUUCACAUUCCUGCUCUUGCUCUUAUACUUUAUUCUGUUGGUUUUGGUUGAUUUAUUUUAUAUACAGUGUCUCUUGUUUUAAGUUUUAUCUGUUUGAUCCGCCAUCUGUGUGUCAGUUUUUGGAUGUCUGGUGUUUUCAUAUAUAU